AGAGAGAGGGACAGAGACAGAGACAGAGAGAGGGACAGGAGAGAGAGUGAGCUCUCAGUAGCACAGCGCGCAACAUCAGGACCAUCAGCAUCAGGACCAUCAGCAUCAGGACCAUCAGCAUCAGGACCAUCAGCAUCAGCACCAUCAGCAUCCUCCUCCUCCUCCUCCUCUUCCUCCUCCUCAUCUUCCUCCCCGCCUGGACCACCACAAAGCACCAAGACCACCAAAGCCAACAGCAAGGCCAGCCUCCACCCCCAGGCACUGCAGGACCUGACUCCCAUCCUGGACCCUGUGUUUGGUCAGAUCCGAAAUGAGGAGAAAAACACCUACAAAAUAGUGAGGACCAGCGAGGAUACAGUGGGAGCAGCAUCAGCAUCAGCAUCAGCAUCAGCAUCAUCAGCAGCAGCAGCGCCUCCUGCAGGCGGCGGCGGGGAGUUUCAAGACCCCCUCUUAGCCCUGGCUCACAACUGCGCUCUCAUGCACAACCUCCUGGGGCCAGCCUGCAUAUUCCUCAGGAAAGGAUUCGCUGAGAGGCAGGCUGACAGAGAACUGAGACCAGAAGAAAUUGAAGAACUGAGGGAAGCAUUUAAAGAGUUUGACAAGGACAGGGAUGGCUUCAUCAGCUGCAAGGAUCUGGGGAACUGCAUGCGAACAAUGGGCUACAUGCCAACGGAGAUGGAGCUGAUCGAACUCUCACAGCAAAUCAACAUGAACUUGGGCGGACACGUUGACUUCGAUGACUUUGUGGAGCUCAUGGGGCCGAAGCUCCUGGCAGAAACAGCAGACAUGAUCGGUGUCAAAGAGCUUCGAGACGCUUUCAAAGAGUUUGACACAAACGGAGAUGGUGAAAUCAGCACAUCAGAACUUCGGGAAGCCAUGAAGAAGCUACUCGGUCAACAGGUUGGGCACAGAGACAUUGAAGAAAUACUAAAAGAUGUUGACUUGAAUGGGGACGGUCGGGUUGACUUUGAAGAAUUUGUCAGGAUGAUGUCUCGGUGAGCGUUCGCGAAGCGAGGAGUAAGUCCGCCGCUGGCAAAGACGUCAGAUAUCCACCAACUGGUCGCGACACUUUACCACCGCUCCCGAGACUUUAUUUAACGGUUCGUAAAGCAAAGCCUCGUUCUAUUUAGCUGUUCAAGAACAUCCGAGUUUCCGAGCAAGGACCUGGGGCUUUGUGCUACGCCAGUUAAA